AUGGCAGCUAGUGCAAUUAUUCUUGCAUAUUUUACUGCAUGGUCAACAUAUGGACGUUCAUAUUUUAUUGCUGAUAUACCAGCAGAUAAAAUAACACAUAUAAAUUAUGCAUUUGCAAAUAUUGGUUCGGAUGGACGUAUUGCUCUUGGUGAUUCAUGGGCAGACAUAGAGAAGGCAUUUCCUGGAGAUACAUGGGAUCAACCAUUACGUGGUAAUUUUAAUCAAUUAAUUAAAUUGAAAGCAAAAUAUCCACAUUUACGUACACUUAUUUCUGUUGGUGGUUGGACAUGGUCAGACAAAUUUUCGAAUAUAGCUCUAACUGAUCAAAGUCGAUCGAUAUUUGCUGCUUCAUGUGUUGAAUUCAUUCAGAAAUAUGGUUUUGAUGGCGUUGAUAUAGAUUGGGAAUAUCCUGUUUCUGGUGGUUUAUCAGGCAAUAAUCGUCCAGAAGAUAAACAAAAUUAUGUUUCUUUAUUAGAAGAACUUCGUCGUCAGCUGAAUGCUGUACCCAAUAAGAAAUAUUUGUUAACUGUAGCAACUGGAGCAGGUACUGAACGUAUUGCUGAUAUGGAUGUAUCUCAUAUGGCUGCAUCUCUUGAUUGGUUCAAUGUUAUGACUUAUGAUUUUCAUGGUAGUUGGGACACAAAAACAGGUCAUAAUGCUCCAUUAUAUAAAAAUGAUGAUGAAACAGCAAGUGAUGUUGCUCCAUCAUACAUCAAAUCAAAAUAUAAUUGUGAUGCAGCAAUUCAAGCUUAUAUCAGAGCUGGUGCACCUUCCACAAAAAUUCUUAUGGGUUUACCUUUGUAUGGACGUGGUUGGCAAGGAGUAACAAGCACAGCUCUUAAUGGAUUUUCUCAAACAGCAUCAAGUCAACCUCCAACUGGUACUUGGGAAAAUGGUAUUUAUGAUUAUGAUGAUUUAAAAAAAUCUUAUAUUUCAUCAAAUCAACGUUAUUUUGAUGAUAAAUCAAAAGUACCAUUUCUUUUCAAUCCAUCAACUGGUCUUUGGAUUACUUAUGAUGAUGUUCAAUCAAUUAAUAUCAAGAAUAAUUAUAUUAAACAAUAUAAUUUAGGUGGCGCCUUUUUCUGGGAAUUAAGUAGUGAUCGUCAAGCUGAAUUAAUUGGCGCAACAUUUAAUGCAUUAAAUAAUGGUAUUCAACCACCACCAGUAACAACUAGUACAUCAUCAUCGAUAACAACUAAAACAUCAUCAUCAUCAUCAACUAAGCCUUCUACUACUAGAACUGUUACGACAACAACUAAGACAUCGAAUCAAGGAAAUAUCCUUGAAUGGGCACCUUAUUAUUCAUAUGUAGUUAAUGAUCUAGUAACAUAUCAAGGAUUAACAUAUAAAUGCCGACAAUCUCAUUAUUCAUUACCAAAUUGGAUGCCACCCAUUGUACCCGCACUCUGGUUGCAGAUCUAA